AUGGAUACUGCUGACAAAACUCGUAUGCCUGGAGUCUUUCCGUUUCCGUUUUGCGUUCCAUCUACAUCUCCAUCGUCAGUAUUUCCGUCACUUCCGAUGUUUCCACCCGGUUUUCAACAGCUCUACGCGAAUCUCGUUCAACAACAAUUUCUUCAACUCACCCAACAACAAAGUCCCGGCAUUAGAGCAGGUAAGAAGUGA